GAAGGCACGGAAGACUACGCAUGGGGACCUUCACACCCGUGCUUCCCACACCCUAACCCGCAUUGCGCGCCGGACAGCGAGGAGUUUCGCACGACGCGAGUGGUGAGGGUCAAGCGCGACUGGCUGGCCAGCGGCGAUCUGUAUCCGCAGUACGCGAAUAUGUACCCGGAGAUUCUCGAUCCGCUCGUGUCGGACUCGGAGUUUAGAUUUCUCAUUGCCAAUCUGAAUGCGCGGUUGAAGGCGGCGUUCGAUCCGUUCAGCACGAGGGCAUGGGUAGAUGCUGUGGUGUCCGCCUUGACUGGCUUUUUGUGGGAGGAUGCGGGUAUGACAGGGGUGAAGAGCAGGAUUAAGAGCAUGGAGAGGUGGUUGGAUGAUUGGAACAGAGAGCGAGAGGCGGAGGGCAGAGAGGUAAAGAUCGUGCAGGUGAGACGAACCGGCUUCAUGAGUCUCGAUUUUAUUGUUCCGGACCCC